CCGUCGCCCGGCAACCCUCUGUCGCCAUUUCCUGCGGGGCCUAGCAUAGGAGAGCUGUCGGUGAAGCCGAAGGAGUCGGGAAGAUGCUGUCCGUCCCGGGUACCGGCGGUGGCGGCCUGUCGCCUGGUUUCAGCGGAGGGGAAUCUGGGUCGGGAUCGGGCGGCGGAGGCGACUUCCUGACCCGCUACCGGCUCGUGUCGGCCAAGCUCCGCCGGCGCUUCCUGCGCAAGCCGAACGUGUCUGAGGCGGGCGAGCAGUUCGCGGCGCUGGCCAGGGAGCUGCGGGCCCAGGAGAGCCUCCCGUACGCGGCCUGGUGCCAGCUAGCGGUGGCGCGCUGCGCCCAGAGCCUCGGGCACGCGCCUGGAGAAGCGGCGGCGCUGGGCGAAGCGGCGCGCCUCUGGCUCAAGCACGAGCGGGAGCUCCGCCUGCGCCAAGGCCCCGGGCUGGGACUGUCUGAACACCUGCCGGCUGCCCAGAACUGCGUGGCUUUCGGCUCCCGCCUGCGCCUCGACCUGGGCCAGCCCGCGCUGGCAGCCGGGCUUUGGCUCGAGCUGGGCAACGAGCUGCGCUCCGGCGGAGAGCCGGGCCAAGCCGUGCCGGCCCUCCUGCGCGCCGCCGACCUCCUGGCGGUCGCCCAGCUGCCCCUGGAGGCUCUGCGCUGCCUACGCGACGUGGCCUCCUGCCUGCUGCUUUGCCGCGACCACGAUGGUGCUUUGGCUGUGCUCACUCAGGCUCAGUUGAUGGCUCAGGCCGGCACAGGACCCUCUGCCGGUGGAUCGUCGUCUUCGGCUGCCGCAGCCGCUUCUUCUUCCGUUCCGGUCAGCCCGCCGCCGGGAGCCUUCCUCGACGAGCUGCUGCACUGCGAGGUGGCCCGCGUCCUUCUUCUCCUGCUGCUCCAGCCUCCGCCUUCCAAGCUGAUGCCCGAGCACGCCAAGACCCUCGAGAAGUACUCCUGGGAGGCCCUGGAUGCCUCGCCGGGCUACGUGCCCUCCGAGCUCUUCCUGCUGCUGCAGUCCGCUGUCAUGGCUUGCCAAGAGAAAGACCUGGAGGCGCUCAAGGUGCUGCAGAAGGAACUCUGGCCGCUGCUCACUCCGGAGCAGAAUCACCUCCUCCAUCUGGUGGUACAGGAAAUGAUCAGUCCCUCAGGUCAGGGGAUAUGACCAAGGGUACUUUGGUAUAGCUAUGGUUCUUAGACGACUCUUUUUUGUUUUUCACAGAAGUGUUGCAAAGAAGGUUUGCUUUGCUGAUGGAAGUGACACUUCAGUCUCUGUCCUCCUAGCUUCCAGCCUGCAUUUUCCAUUAAGUCUACUGCACCUUUUCUCUGCAUGAAGGAAACACCGUGGCAAAGCACUGCCUUUCAUUCUAUUGGGGCUUACUUUCUUCCUACCCACAUCUAUUCUUUCCUAACAUUACUUAGACUUCACUAAGGACUUGAGAGAAAAACACGAGGUGUCCCACAUUUCCCCCCGCUGUUGGGCUGAUUUUAUCAUAUUGGACUUUAUAAAACACUUUCUUCAUCGUUGGUUCCAGAAAUCACACUUAAUUUAUUACACAUUGUAAACUUGAAAGUAAUGUUGCGGAAUUUUAAAUGUUGGUACUUAUUUAUAUUUUACAUUUUAAAGUGUAAGUACACAUGUGAGAGGUAGCUGUGUUCUUUUGCACAGGGCUUUGUGUUGAACUGCUGGAUUCUUGCUUGAAAACUAUGCUGCCAGUUUUCUUCUUAUGUUAUUGGAACCGUCCACAACCAAGUGUCCUCUAGAUUGCUUUGGACUCCAACUUGCCUUAGCCCCAGCCAGCAUGGCUUGAUGGAAAACUAUAGUGUAGUCUAAAACAUCUGGAGAGUACCAAGUUGGGGAAGGCUUUUUUAGUGUUUGAAUACAAAAUUCAUUACAGUAAGCCCACAACAUAUGCAGGAGUUACAUUCCGGGCUUCACACCUGGUUCAGUGGCAGAUAGGAUUGCCAGUGUCAUUUCCCCCAUAUAUACACAAAUUGCUGCGCACGUAAAGCUGAAUGCACAAAAGUUAAAUGCACUUAAGUUGCAGGCUUACUGUAAUCAUUAUUCAAGAAUCAAAAAAAUCCUGUCCGUUUAAAAUCAGAUUUAAGAGACUUUCAUGUAGGCCUAGACUGCAUAAAGCCAGCAAAUUGAAAACCAAGGCUGAUGCUUUAAUGUGUGCUUGUGCCCCAGGCAGAUCACUUUGGUGGUGAAAACUGAGCAAAAUAAAAAUGAUACUGUGCAGUGUCA